ACUGAAGCCAGUGCUAUCUGCUUCACCAGCAUUAGACUCUACAUAUGCUGUUUUCCCGCCGGGAAAUGGUAUUGUUUGUCUUGCUACAAUCACGAAAUUCAGGUAGUACGGGGACAAGAUGGAAGAUGUAAUUCCUUUUAAGAAUCUGUACAGCAGAGAGCAUCAAGGUCACAAAAAGAAGGUUCACUCGGUAGCUUGGAACUGCACGGGAACGAAGCUAGCAUCUGGUUCUGUUGAUCAAACUGCUCGUGUCUGGCAUAUUGAGCCUCACGGUCAUGGUAAGGUCAAAGAUAUUGAACUGAAGGGACAUACUGAUAGCGUUGAUCAAUUGUGUUGGGACCCUAAACAUGCUGACCUGAUUGCAACUGCAUCUGGUGACAAGACUGUUCGAUUAUGGGAUGCUCGCAGUGGAAAGUGUACUCAGCAGGCAGAACUUAGUGGAGAGAAUAUCAACAUCACCUACAAACCUGAUGGUUCACAUGUAGCUGUUGGAAAUAGGGAUGAUGAACUGACAAUAUUGGAUGUUCGGAAAUUUAAGCCAAUUCAUAGGCGCAAGUUCAAUUACGAGGUAAAUGAGAUUGCUUGGAAUAUGACUGGGGAGAUGUUCUUUUUAACAACUGGAAAUGGUACUGUUGAAGUCCUGGCAUACCCAUCUCUUCGGCCACUGGACACCCUCAUGGCUCACACAGCUGGUUGCUAUUGCAUUGCAAUCGAUCCAAAAGGAAGAUACUUUGCUGUUGGAAGUGCUGAUUCCUUAGUCAGCCUUUGGGAUAUCAAGGAGAUGCUCUGUGUGAGAACAUUCACAAAACUCGAAUGGCCUGUCAGGACAAUAAGCUUCAACUACACGGGAGAUUAUAUUGCUUCUGCCAGUGAAGACUUGUUUAUUGAUAUAUCAAACGUUCAUACUGGGAGAACUGUGCAUCAGAUUCCAUGUCGAGCUGCCAUGAACAGUGUCGAAUGGAAUCCCAAGUAUAAUUUGCUUGCCUAUGCAGGAGAUGACAAGAGUCCCAAAUAUAAUUCUGAUGAAGGUGUUUUCCGCAUAUUUGGCUUCGAAAGCUCCUGAUCUUAUAAAAUAACAUUGUGUUCUAAAGUAUAAUUUCCCCCCAGUUUUUUUUUGACUGUAAUAUGAAAUAUAUUUACAAUUAAAUUCAUCAUGUGGAGGGAAAGAGGCACAAGAAGACAGCCAGGAAUUUUGACUGAAUGAA